UCUCUAUUUCGCUGGUGUUGUUUCUGCUGGAGGAAAAAGUGAUAAUUAUGUCCGGGAUCCUGUUAAUCCUGUUUGUUGGAGAGGAAGGGUGUGGAAAGAGUUAAGAGGGCGGUAGUGGUGUUAAAUUCACAGUGUAUGUAUGUCUCGGUUGCUUUGCGCCGUGUAAAGCCCCACUUGUCUCUAUAUAUGCCCCUGCCCUGGGGGGGGGGCAUUUAAUCAUCCUUUGUGCUACCUUAAAGGGGGACCCUUGAGUGUUGCGAGGGUGCUCAGUCAGUGUCAAUGGGGCAAGCAUUUUUCUCCCGGCCUGUGAUCCCAGCUCUACGGGCAGAGGAGGGGGAUCCUCCCACAAUGCCCCCAGCACCUCCAACUCCACCUACUAAAAGGAAGAGUAAAUUUGCAGGGAUAGGAAACCUCUUUAAGCCAUGGAAGUGGAGGAAGAGAAAGACCAGUGAUACAUUUCGUGAGACUUCAGAAGUUCUAGAAAGGAAGAUCUCUAUGAGAAAGCCCAAAGAAGAGCUAAUAAAAAGAGGAGUCCUAAUUGAACUACCAGAAGAAGAUACCCCUGUGACACCAGAAUCUCCUCCUCCUCCUCUGAGGAAUGGCCACAUGAGCCAAAGGACAGAUAUGCCACAAGAAAAAGACAGGAGUAUAAAGCGGAGCAGUCGGCAAGAUUCUGUGGGAUCUCGUCCCAGUUCACAGGUGGAAACUGCACAGGAACGCACGCGAGAGCCCCCUAACAAGCCUCUACUUCCUCCUAAAAGGCCGCUGUCCACCUCCGUCUCCACUGGCCAGGAUAAGAAUGAGGGGCAAAAAGCGGAGCAGAACCCCCCGGUAACACGAUUACCAAGCUCUGCCCCCAACCCUGCACCUAGGACCAUACACCCACCAACAGCACAUAAACAACCCCCAAUACCGCCUCCUAAGCCGCAGAACAGAAACAGCAACCCACUAAUGGCGGAGCUGUGCCAGGCACUGGCAGGAAACACACUAACACCAGCUGGCUCCCGUCCCUCUCCUCCUCUUCCCGCAAAACGAGGACCUCCCCAUACUACAGAUGUAAUCAGCAACAGAGAAAAGACAACUUCCAUUGUGAUCCCACCCCCACCACCUGCACAUGAAGCCCCUGCCCCAUCUCUGCCAUUACCAACACUUCCCCCACAAACUCCCGCUUUGCCUCCACCACCACCUGAAGAUCCUCUGCCAGUGGAAGUUCCUCUGCCUAGCAAAGAGGAGGAAAAAGAAGAACCUCUACUUACUGUGCCGGUGGUUCCUCUUCAUAUACGCAUUCAACAGGCUCUCAACAGUCCCCAGCCUUUGUCUGCCAUAGAUAAUGCCCAGAGGGCGCACUCUCUUCUUUUCCUCCCAAAUGAGGUGGGGACAGGUGAAGAGAGAACAAGAGUGAGAUCUCUGCCUGUCACCAUAGAGCUUCUCAAAGUGCCCGAUGAUGAUGAGGAGGAGGAGAUGAGCUUUGAGGAGGAAUAUUCAUCUCCAGAAGUCCCAGGUUCACAUGGGUCCAGGGUAUAUAUUGGGGAUGUGCCUUCUGUUACUAUAAUACCAAACCACAUACCUACAUCAGUCCAGGAAGAGGAGGAGGAGGAGGAUGAUGAGGAAGAUGGUGGUGUCAGUGAUAGUGAUUCAGAGGGUCCUAUACUGUACAAAGAGGAGGAGGAGGAUGAUGAUGAUGAAGAAGAACAAACAAGCUCCCUGGCCAAUAAGGUGAAAAGAAAGGAUACUCUGGCAAUGAAGCUUGGUGGAAGGAGCAGUUCAGAGGACACAAGUACCGAGUUACCUCAUCGGAGUCGGGAAGAGUGGAAUGAAAUCCGGCAUCAGAUUGGCUCACAGCUGAACCGAAGACUGAGUCAGAGACCCUCUGCGGAAGAACUGGAGCAGCGGAACAUUUUACAAAAAAAUGAAGCCGACCGAAUAGCAGAGAGACGUGAAAUAAAGAGGCGAUUGACACGCAAGCUCAGUCAAAGACCUACAGUGGCUGAGCUGCUGGAAAGAAAGAUCCUAAGGUUUCAUGAAUAUGUAGAGGUGACCGAUGCUCACGAUUAUGACAGAAGAGCUGAUAAACCCUGGACCAAGCUCACCCCUUCUGAUAAGGCAGCGAUCCGUAAAGAAUUGAACGACUUCAAGAGCACGGAAAUGGCUGUUCAUGCAGAGAGCAAACACUACACACGGUUCCAUCGGCCUUAAUCACUGUGCCUUAAGACAAGAGAACUUUUAGGGGCCAGAAGCACUUACUGCAUAUCCACAAAUUGUGCCAAUCACAUGCCUGCCCUUCCACUGAUGUACCUCAUUCCCGCACCUGAAGUGAUUUUGAAGAUCUCUGAGAGGGUUUCCAUGUCUUUCCCAUUUUGCAUAAUAACCUUUUUAAUUCCUCCAUAGGGUAGGCUUUAGGGAUGUAGUUAGAACACUGUACACCUCAAUUGGUGCUAAACUGCUAACCUUUUGUCAGCAUUAAUUUCAUCGAAGGCCGCCUUUUGGUGUCCUAGCUUACAGUGCCUUAAUGCAGCUGUUUGAGAAUCUAGGGCUGGCCCUAUCUUUUUAUAUUGUUUCUCGUGCUGUAUUUUUGAAUUAGGUGGGCCCAUACUAUACUCUUUCUAACCAUUGCCACCUGUAUUUAUGCAGGUCUUCCAUAGUUUCAAGGUAUCUCUCAGGGAUUGGCAGUAUGUCGUUUGUUUUUGAUUUUCAAUUGUUUUUAUUCUCGUUGAGUGACCAUUGUUCAAAAUAUGGCUGCUGAUCAUGGCAUCUAUCAUGGCAUAUACUUGCCUCAACUAAUUCA